AAAAUGCUUGGCCACGGGCAAUAAAAAUGCUAGAUUAAAAGCCAAACUACUCUCACAAGCGGCUCCAUCUUCCCGCCAUUCCGCCCAAAAGCGUACAGUGUGCAAUCCGAUGGCGGAUUCUAGGGCUUGCAGCAACCCGAGGAAUCGCCCAACCCGACUGCAAGCCGGUAUCAUCUCCAGAAUCCGACUAGAAAACUUCAUGUGUCACAGCAACCUCGAAAUUGAGUUUGGCGAUUGGGUCAAUUUUAUCACCGGUCAAAAUGGAAGUGGGAAGAGUGCUAUACUGACGGCAUUAUGCGUGGCGUUUGGGAGCCGAGCUCGUGGCACUCAGAGAGCCAAUUCAAUGAGGGAUUUUAUAAAGACGGGCUGCAGCUCUGCUCUUGUUCAAGUCGAGAUAAAAAAUCAAGGGGAAGAUGCGUUCAAGCCAGAGACAUAUGGAGAUGCCAUGAUUGUAGAACGUAGAAUUUCGGAGUCAACCAGUUCCAUCACAUUAAAAAAUUGGCAAGGAAAGAAGGUAGGCAGUCGCAAAGAGGAUCUUCGUGAGGUUAUAGAACAUUUCAAUAUUGAUGUUGAAAAUCCAUGCGUGAUAAUGAGUCAAGACAAAAGCAGAGAAUUUUUGCAUUCGGGGAAUGCAAAAGAUAAGUUCAAGUUCUUUUUCAAGGCAACGCUUCUGCAACAAGUUGAUGAUCUAUUAAAAGGUAUUCAAAACCAACUGAAUGGUGCAACUGAACUGGUUAAUAAUCUGGAGAAGUCACUGAGACCGAUAUUGAAGGAACUUGAUGAACUGCAAGAAAAGAUCAAAAACAUGGAAUUUGUGGAAGAAAUAUCGCAGCAGGUGCAGUUGUUAAAGAAGAAACUGGCUUGGUCAUGGGUAUAUGAUGCAGACAAGAAACUUGAAGUGCAAAAUAAAUUGAUUGAAAAGCUGAAAGGAAGGAUACCCACUUGUCAAGCACGGAUUGAUCAGCAACAUAGCAAGAUGAAGGAAUUGAGCGAUCAAUUGACAAAGAAGAAAAGUCAAAUAGCAAAUAUGAUGGAAAGGACGUCUGAAGUGAGGAGAAUGAAAGAGGAUUUGCAGCAUAGUCUUUCAAUGGCCACAAAGGAGAGGCUUGAACUGGAAGGUGAACGAGAUCUCAAGACUAGCCAUAUUCAGAAAAUGAUUCAGCAGGUUAAACUGUUAGAGCAACAGAUUCAUGAUAUUCAUGAGCAGCAUAUUCAAAAUACACAGGCUGAAGAAAAUGAGAUGGAGGAAAGGCUUCAGGAACUUCAAGUUGAAGUUGAUGAAGCUAAUGAUAUAUUUCAAAGAUUGAAGGACGAAGAAGAUGCAUUGACAGAAAGUCUAGAAAUGGCAAAAGAUGAAAUUAAAAAAAUUGCAUCUCAGAUUGAGGAAUAUGAAAGAAGGCAUCGUGAAAUUUCUUCUCACAUCCGUGAACUCCAAAUGCACCAAACAAACCAGGUUACAGCUUUUGGAGGUGGUAGAGUGAUCAAUCUUUUACAAGCAAUUGAGCGGCAUCGACAUAGAUUUAAGAGGCCACCGAUUGGUCCUAUAGGUGCCCAUGUGAACUUGGAACAUGGUGACACGUGGUCUAUUGCUAUUGAAAAUGCAGUUGGCCGGUUGCUUAAUGCUUUCAUUGUCACAGAUCAUAAAGAUUCCCUUGUUUUAAGAGCAUGUGCUAGGGAAGCGAACUAUAAUCAUCUUCAGAUCAUCAUAUAUGACUUUUCCAGAUCAAAGCUGAACAUUCCAACUCACAUGCUUCCCCAGACUAGUCAUCCAACUGCAUUCUCCAUUAUCAAAUCUGACAAUCCUACCGUGUUGAAUGUAUUGGUUGAUGUGGGUAAUGCUGAGAGGCAAGUUCUUGUUAGAGAUUAUGAUAUUGGCAAAACGGUUGCUUUUGAUCAAAGGAUAUCAAAUCUGAAGGAGGUUUACACUUCUGAUGGCUACAAGAUGUUUUCCCGUGGUUCAGCCCAGACUAUUCUUCCCCCAAACAAGAAUGCUAGAGGUGGCCGUCUUUCUGGUUCGUAUGAUAAUCAAAUUAAAAAUCUGGAGAAUGAAGCAUCGAAGACAAAAGAGCAUGCUCAACAAGGCCGGGGAAGAAAACGUAACAAGGAGGAAGAACUCAGUAGUCUUCUAGACAAGAUGAAUAAUGCAAAGGUAUCAACAUUUUCUCUCAAGUUCUCUUUUGAGUGCCGAAGCAACUGUCUCCUUACAAAAUGCUUUUGCGGUUAUACUCGUAGAAGAUUAAAAGAUAGAACUGGCAUCUGUAAAGAGAUUUUGAUGUUCCAAUGCCGGAUUCAUUUUUUAUCAAAGCUUGACAAAUGCACAAUUUUAAUAAAUGGGUGGCAAUCUAUGGUGAUGAAUGGUUCGUGGAUUUUACCUUAUUUUAUAUGUAGCAGUUUGUUAGAUACCAAGAGUAAACAGAGAAGAGAAACAGGAAAUAUGAAGGAAAUUAUAUUGAAAUUGAUUGAAUGGAAAAUUACAACUCAAGGAAAACAUAAGAGGCCAUUCGAGAGGAAUAGGAUGAUCCUGACUAAUACCCCCCCCCCCCCCCCCCCCCUACAUGAUGCAGAAGCGGAGAAGAAACAUUUUGAGAAUGUCAUGAGUAAUCGAGUUCUUUCUGACCUCAAUAAUGCAGAGACAGAGUAUCAGGAGCUUGAACAUAACAGUAAGGAGAACCGCCGGAAAGCAUCAAUUAUCUGCCCUGAGAACGAGAUCGAAGCUUUAGGGGGCUGUAGUGAGAGCAAUCCAGAGCAACUCAGUGCUCAACUAAGCAGGAUGAAUCAAAGACUUCAGCGUGAGAGUCAGAGAUUUCCAGAAUCUAUUGAAGAUCUCAGGAUGUUGUACCAAAAAAAGGAGCGUAAAAUCCUAAGGAAACAGCAAAAUUACCAAGCCUUUCGAGAAAAACUAGAAGCAUGCCAAAAAGCAUUAGAGUUGCGAUUGAGCAAAUUCCAGAGGAACGCAACUCUUUUGAAGCGCCAGCUGACAUGGCAAUUUAAUGGCCAUUUGAGAAGGAAAGGGAUAUGUGGUCAAAUCAAAGUUAGUUAUGAGGAGCAAACCCUCUCAAUAGAGGUAAAAAUGCCUCAAGAUGCAUCAAGCAGCUCUGUUCGUGACACUAGAGGCCUUUCAGGUGGUGAGCGUUCCUUCUCAACUUUGUGCUUUGCCCUUGCGCUUCAUGAGAUGACAGAAGCACCAUUCCGAGCAAUGGAUGAGUUUGAUGUAUUUAUGGAUGCAGUUAGCAGAAAAAUCAGUCUAGAUGCUAUUGUGGAUUUUGCAUUGGCUCAAGGAUCCCAGUGGAUAUUUAUUACUCCUCAUGACAUCAGCAUGGUGAAGAACGAUGAAAAGAUAAAGAAGCAGCAGAUGUUAGCACCUCGCGGAUGACUAUUAAUUGGGAGAAGUUUUGUCUUCUUUAUGCAUGAAGUGUAUCUAAGAUUAUUGUUUUUGUCCCUUAGAAAGAGUUCACCUUAUUACACUCAAUUGAGUUUCUUAAGAAAAUACAAAUCAAGCUGUUUGAUUUUGUA